CCUGGUUGGUUAAUGGAAGAAAUAAAAAUGCUGGUAAUUGCUAUGUCAGCAGCCUAACAAACGUAUUUGUUCACUGGCCAUUUACAGAUAAAAACGAAUAGUGCAGACAAGUAAUGUGCUCGCCCUCGGUCCACCCCGUGUAAGAACAUUUGUUUUGCUGAUUUGAACAAUAUUGAAAAUCACAAUUAUUUAGCACAAUUACUCAGCCAAUUCAGGACCAACAUUGUAUAACAGCAUAAUUUAUUAUUUUAUUUUAUAAUUUCAAAUGUAGAAAACUGUCACAUUUUAUAUUGUAUGCCUACCUUUAAAUUAAAAAUAGAGUGUUCGUUUGAACAUUCACUGAGUAGAUUAUAUUACAUUAUUAUUGAAGCAAAAUUAGGCUCAAAACUGAAAUAAUUAUUUGUUUAUUCAUUCAGUAACCACUUUUUCCUGGUCAGGGUCAUGGUGGAUCUGGAGGCUAUCCCAGAAACACUGGGCAUGAGGUGGAUAUACACUGUGGAUGGGACACCAGUUAAAAUAAAUAUGCCAGUUCAACACUUCAUCUCAUCUCACCAAUAUCAUCAUCAGUUAUGUUUUAAUUAAUUGAGGAAGCCAAAAUUUGUAAUCCAAUCGAGAUUAAAAUACAAAUUGUGCAGCUCUUCAGGUCUAUGUCGUCUGUUCCCUUGUGCUAAGCUGAUAUACGAAGCCUAAUAUUGUGAUUUGAACAUGUUAUUGAAAGAAUAAAUUAUUCACUUUUUUAAAAAUUCUGUCUGCAUAAUUAAAACCCAGAACAAGUGAAGCAUAAUGAAAUUACUAAAUUUCCAUUUAGUGAACAAUUUUCCCCCAUUCAUUAAUAAGUGCUUUAGAAGUUUUGUAAUUAAGAUUAUAGCACAAGGGAGAAACACAGCAGCUCAUUGCAGCCAAACAUUCAGACUGAGAUGAAAUGUGUCUGCUAACAUUUUUCUAAAUUAAUUUAAUUGCAAUCUUAAUCUUAAGAGGACAAUUUGUCUUGUAAUGUAACUUGUAACUUGUAAUUAAACGUCGUGUAAGUUUUCUUUCCUUGACUCACGGUCACCUGGUUCGAGCAUGUGAGCAUGCUGGUUAUACUUCUGAACUGUGUGACCCUGGGUAUGUUCCAGCCCUGCGAGGACGUCAAGUGCCAGUCUGAGUGGUGUGUAAUCCUUCAGGCAUUUGAUGACUGCAUCUUUGCCUUUUUUGCUGUGGAGAUGGUUAUCAAGAUGAUGGCUCUGGGGAUUUUUGGAUCUAAGUGUUACCUUGGAGACACAUGGAACCGCCUGGACUUCUUCAUUGUCAUGGCUGGGAUGAUGGAGUACUCACUGGAUGGUCACAAUGCCAGCCUGUCAGCCAUCCGGACUGUGCGUGUGCUCAGGCCUCUACGAGCCAUCAACAGAGUUCCUAGUAUGAGGAUACUGGUAACUCUGCUCCUAGAUACUCUGCCUAUGUUAGGCAAUGUCCUCCUGCUGUGCUUUUUUGUGUUCUUUAUAUUCGGCAUUGUUGGGGUGCAGCUGUGGGCUGGUCUUCUAAGGAACAGGUGUUUCCUGGACAACAACGCGAAGGAUCUGUAUAAUCUGUCCUUCAUGAGUCCAUAUUACAUGCAUGAGGACGGGGAGGAGAGCCCAUUUAUCUGCUCCACUAUAAUUAACGGCAUGCUCAAGUGCACCGAUGUGCCCCAUUACAAGGAGGGUGAGAUGGAGUGCAAUCUAAAUGCAUCCCUUGGACACACCUUGUCUGGCCCUGAUACCAGGAAUGGUUGCGUGAACUGGAACCAGUACUACAGUGUGUGUCAGGCCGGGGAACUCAACCCUCACAAAGGGGCUGUGAACUUUGACAAUAUUGGAUAUGCUUGGAUUGCUAUUUUCCAGGUUAUCACUUUGGAGGGAUGGGUAGACAUCAUGUAUUAUGUUAUGGAUGCCCAUUCCUUUUACAAUUUUAUAUAUUUUAUAUUGCUUAUUAUAGUGGGUUCUUUCUUCAUGAUCAAUUUGUGCCUGGUUGUGAUCGCAACCCAGUUCUCGGAAACUAAGCAGCGAGAGAACCAACUGAUGCAGGAACAGCGUGCGCGCUACAUGUCCAAUGACAGCACACUGGCCAGCUACUCGGAGCCUGGCAGCUGUUACGAGGAGAUGCUCAGGUACAUUAGCCACUUGUACCGUAAGGUGAAGCGCCGCGCAUACCGGAUCUACCAUGGCUGGCAGAGCAAACGCAGGAAGAAGGUCAACCCCAACAGUGGCGCCUUGCCAGGGGGUGGAGGGGCCAACGGGCAUGGCAGGAAGAAGAGUGGUGGACACUGGGCGCGUUCUGUCCACAAUCUUGUCCAGCACCACCAGCACCACCACUGUCACCUCAGCAAUGGCAGCCCAAGCCCUCAGGCCAUAGCAGAGAGCACCGAUGUUCUGGAGAUGAGAUUUAUCACGUCGGGAGUACAGCUGACGGUGCCCUCACAAUCACCUGCUGGGUUAGAUCUUUCACCAGGACACCAGUCAGUGCAUAGCAUCUUUCAAGGUGACUUUCAUGAGGCCCCGCAGAUUUGCACAGGCACUACACCUGGUGUGACUCCUCUAGGGAGACUUAAUGGGGGCAUGAACUAUCCUACCAUUUUGCCAUCCUUCAUCUGCAGCUAUACAGGCAGCAACGUCACAGCCAAAGGUAGAAUCGAGGCCAACAACAGCACAGCAGAUAUGGUGGAUCCGUUUGAGAAACUACAGCAUUUCACAGGAGAGCACAGUCACAGACGCUUGAUGCUGCAGAUGGCAGGCGUAGAGCCCACUUCCCUGCUCUUUGAGGUUCUCGGGUGCCCAUACUGUGCCCAGGCUUUGGAGAACAUUGACCUAGACUUGGCUGACUCUGAAUGCUCCCAGUCUGAAGGCGAGGUGGUACAUGAGUUUUCCCACAGAGGAAGGUUUAGAAUCGGACACUCUCAUCACCACAAGAGGCUUGAGGAGCGCAGCCGAUUGACAAGAUGCUGGGAGGACUUCAGAGACAGGAUGAAACGCAUAGUGGAUAGCAAGUACUUUAACCGUGGGAUUAUGAUCGCCAUCCUCAUCAACACAUUGAGCAUGGGAAUAGAGUAUCAUGAGCAGCCUGACGAACUGACAGAUGUUCUGGAGAUUAGCAAUAUCGUCUUUACCAGCAUGUUUGUCCUUGAGAUGAUCUUCAAGCUGAUGGCCUUUGGCAUGUUCGGCUAUAUCAAAAACCCAUAUAAUAUCUUUGAUGGGAUCAUCGUGGUUAUAAGUGUAUGGGAGAUUAUUGGACAGGCUGAUGGGGGUCUUUCCGUGCUCAGGACCUUUCGUCUCUUGCGUGUGCUCAAGCUAGUGCGCUUCCUACCGGCUCUCCGGAGACAGCUGGUGGUCCUGAUGAAGACAAUGGAUAAUGUGGCCACCUUCUGCAUGCUGCUCAUGCUCUUCAUCUUCACCUUCAGUAUUCUUGGAAUGCAUCUGUUUGGCUGCAAAUUCAGCCUGAAGUUGGAGAAUGGAGACACCAUCCCAGACAGGAAGAACUUUGACUCUCUGCUGUGGGCCAUCGUCACUGUGUUUCAGAUACUAACUCAAGAGGACUGGAAUGUGGUCCUCUAUAAUGGAAUGGCUUCCACCUCUCCACUGGCUGCACUUUACUUUGUGGCCCUGAUGAGCUUUGGGAAUUACGUCCUAUUUAACCUUCUGGUAGCCAUCUUGGUGGAGGGCUUUCAAGCAGAGGGAGAUGCCACCAAGUCUGACGCAGAUGAGGAGAAGAGGUCAGUUAAUUUUGAAGAAGAGGAGAAGAUGGGCGAAUUACGUGCCACAGCAGAGUUGAAGAUGUACUCUCUGAUGAUGUCUGCAAAUGGGCAUGUGGACGCGCGUGGUAAUUUGCCUCCACCGAUCAUCAUGCGCACAGCCGCAACUCCUAUGCCCACACCAAAGAGCUCUCUUGGCACAGACUCCAUCUUCAGUUUAGGGGAAUCAAGGCGUGGCAGUGGCAUUUCCAUUGAUCCAAUUGCUUACGAUCAGAGAUCACUGGCCAGCCCACGUAAAUCACCCUGCCACCCUUGUAGUUCAAGUAGUAACUGGGGAAGCCGCAGGUCAAGCUGGAACAGCCUGAGUCGGGCACCAAGUCUAAAGCGGAAAGACACAUCUGGCGAGAGGGAGUCUCUGCUCUCGGGUGAGGGCAGAGGCAGCUUUGAGGAUGAGGAGCCAGAGGGAAUCAUGUUGCAAAAAGCAGGAAGUGCCAGUGGUGGCUCUCUGCACCACCCCAGUUCUCUGGACUUCCAUGAGCUGCCCACACUCCCCAGUCUGUGCCCAUCAGGAGAGUACCAUGACUGCAAUGGCAGGGCAUUACAUGUGUCCACAGAGCUGCCCUCAGAGCUGAGCCGUGAAGACUCCACCACAGAGGAGGAUCUAGACGAUAGUUUCUGUUUUCGUCUGAAGAGGGUGCUGGAUGCGUAUAAACCCAAGUGGUGUAAAACUCAUGAGGACUGGUCUCUCUAUAUAUUCUCUCCAAGGAACAGGUUUCGCAUGUUUUGCCAGAGGAUCAUCUCUCACAAGAUGUUUGACCAUGUGGUCUUAGUCUUUAUCUUCCUUAACUGCAUCACUAUUGCUCUGGAGAGGCCACACAUUCAGUCCAAUAGCCCAGAGCGAUUGUUCCUCAGUAUUUCCAAUUAUGUAUUCACUGUGAUAUUCGUUGCUGAAAUGACUGUGAAGGUGGUGGCUCUUGGCUUCUAUUCAGGAAAGCAUAGUUAUCUGCAGAGCACCUGGAACGUGUUGGAUGGAGUGUUGGUGUUUGUUUCACUCAUUGACAUCCUGGUGUCCCUGGCAUCUACUGGAGGGAACAAGAUCUUUGGCAUUCUGAGGGUUCUACGUCUGCUAAGGACACUGAGGCCUUUAAGAGUGAUCAGUCGUGCUCCUGGACUCAAGCUGGUGGUUGAAACUUUGAUAACAUCACUGAGGCCGAUCGGGAACAUAGUACUGAUCUGUUGCGCUUUCUUCAUUGUCUUUGGCAUUCUUGGAGUUCAGCUCUUCAAAGGCAAGUUUUACCACUGUGAAGGUUUGGACACAAGAAACAUCACAAAUAAAUCAGAUUGCCUACAAGCCAACUACAAAUGGAUUCGGAGAAAGUACAACUUUGAUAAUUUGGGGCAGGCUCUCAUGUCGCUGUUUGUGCUAUCUUGUAAGGAUGGCUGGGUGAAUAUUAUGUAUGAUGGCCUGGAUGCUGUAGGUGUGGACCAACAGCCGGUACGUAACCACAACCCCUGGAUGCUGCUUUAUUUCAUCUCCUUCCUGCUGAUUGUGAGCUUCUUCGUGCUGAACAUGUUCGUGGGUGUGGUGGUGGAGAACUUCCACAAGUGUCGGCAGGACCAGGAAGAAGAGGAGGCGCGCCUGCGUGAGGAGAAGAGGCUGCGUUUGCUGGAGAAAAGGCGCAGGAAAGCACAGCAGCGGCCCUACUACGCAGAUUACUCACCAGCCCGGCUCUACAUCCACACACUGUGCACUAACCACUACCUGGACCUCUUUAUCACCUUCGUCAUCUGCAUCAACGUAGUCACCAUGUCCAUAGAGCACUACAACCAGCCCAUGUACCUAGAGGAAGCAUUGAAGUACUGCAACUAUGUCUUCACUGUCUUCUUCAUCUUAGAGGCCCUUCUCAAACUCGUGGCUUUUGGAUUCCGAAGAUUCUUCAAAGACAGGUGGAACCAGUUAGAUCUGGCCAUUGUGCUUCUGUCCAUCAUGGGCAUCACGCUGGAGGAGAUCAAGAUGAACGCUUCCCUUCCAAUCAACCCCACUAUCAUCCGUAUCAUGAGGGUUUUGAGAAUAGCUAGAGUGCUGAAGCUUUUGAAGUUGGCUACAGGCAUGAGAGCAUUGCUGGACACUGUGAUGCAGGCUCUACCACAGGUUGGAAAUCUGGGCUUGCUGUUUAUGCUUCUCUUCUUCAUUUAUGCUGCACUCGGCGUAGAGCUCUUUGGGAAAUUGGAAUGCACUGACAGUAACCCGUGUGAAGGACUCAGUCGACAUGCCACAUUUGAGAACUUUGGAAUGGCCUUUCUAACCCUCUUCAGAGUUUCAACUGGUGACAACUGGAACGGUAUAAUGAAGGACACUUUAAGGGAGUGCACACCAGAAGAUAAGCAAUGCCUGAGCUACCUGCCAUUGGUAUCGCCUAUAUACUUUGUCACCUUUGUGCUGAUGGCCCAGUUUGUGCUGGUGAACGUGGUGGUGGCUGUGCUGAUGAAGCACCUGGAGGAGAGCAAUAAGGAGGCCAAGGAGGAUGCCGAGAUGGAUGCAGAGAUUGAGAUGGAGAUGGAAAUGGCCCGGCGUCUCAGUAACGUCUCAGCAAUGAGCUCUGGUGGACAAGAGGGCAGGGGCACCUAUAUGGGGCCAAGGCCACAUUCACCUGGACAGGAUGAGCAAAUGCAGAGAACUCAGGAGAAUUUGCUAUCUCCACGAAAGAUGUCAGUGUCCAGGAUGCACUCUUUGCCUAAUGACAGUUACAUGUUUCGCCCGGUGAGACCAGCCAGCGCACCAUACCCUCUGCAGGAAGUGGAGCCAACUCAAGCAUACCUCGAAUUAGGCUCAGUGACCUCGAUCCACUCACAGCCAUGUGAAGGUCAUUCCUUGCUCCAGGUUCCUGGUGUUCAUCCUCAGCCCCAUAUUAGUAUUUGCAUGCCUAGGAUCCCCACUCCAAAGUCAUCACCCCUGCAUGUUGUAGGCAGGCCUCUACGUAGACAGGAGGCAAUCAAGAAUGACUCAAUCGAUGUGCAAAUGUGUGACUCCAAAGGCAACCCAGACAAACAUAUUAGAAGUACAAGAGCCAGCGUCAUCCUCCCGGUGCCGCAGAUCUCCGCCCUCAGCAGCCCCCUGGUGUCUCCUUUCCUCCCCCGUUAUUGCCACAUGCCCAGUGUCUGCACCCUCCAACACCCUCACCACCAGAGAAUUAUUCCCCCCCAACCACCCAGUCGGGCCAGCAGCAGCCCCAGCGACUCCAUGUUGGACUCGGCCGACCCAGCCGAUGAAGAGGUGCACCAUAUCAACAGCUCAGCCAGGCUGUGGGCGGGAGUCCCAGCAGAAGGGCGGUGCCACUCGCUGUCCCCCUAUGUCACACCGUGGCCGUUGCCUGUGAAGAACUGUACCAGUGCCACCAAUCUUACCGACUACAGCACUAAAGACAAGGACUUCAAGUUCUUCAGUGUGGACACCAGGGGAUUUUUGGACAAGCCCUCCGUUUCCGAGGAUUAUCGACGGCACUCCAUUGAGAUUUGCUCUUCUGUGGAGAACAGUGCAUUUGACCAGGGAGUUGGUGAAAAGAGGUACCUGCCCACACGUGGACAAUCAUUGCACAUCCCCAGAAAGAAGAAGAUGAGUCCUCCUUGUAUCUCUGUCGAACCCCCGCUAGAAACCGAGCUCCCGCCGUCUCUCGUGUCCAUGAAAAAACUGUCUGAGAGCACGCUACUGCGCAGAAGGACGCCAUCUUAUGAACUGGCCCUACAGCGCGACUCUCUAGACUUCCUGGAGCACCAACUCCCCAGUCAGCCUCUCAUCAAAGUGGAGAGGCAGCCCUCACACUGUGGCGAAUAUCUCUCUCUCCCACGGUUCCCCUUUCACCAGUCAGACUCCAGUUCCUGCAUCCUGCGUGAAAGCAACCCAUCCGCACAGCCCCCUCGCUAUGACAGUGCACUGGAGGAGUCCACAGAUUUCAGCACAGUAAACAGGACUGCUCAAUGAUAGAGUUGAAAAUGUUGAUGGUUUCAGACUGGUGCACGCAAUGCAGUGUGGAAGUUAUUUUGGACGUGGAGCAACAACCACUUAAUUCAAUAGCCAAAGUUUUUUUGAGAUGUGUAAUAUUAUGUAAGCCAGUCAGGAAUGGCAAAUUUGAUACGAGUGUGAUCGGGCACGAUGGGAUAUGCAAUUUCAGGUUUCCAUAUGGAACUCUGGUUCUUAUCUUUUUUUUUCCCACUGCUCAAUCACAUUGAUUUGAGUUCAGGAUGUGUGAUGGGUUUUCUUUUUCUUUUUUAUUCCUUUAUCCAUCUUGUCAUUAAUAUUGCUGUUUCUGUAAAAGAAUCCACAGAUUAAAUAAAACAAAAAAAAAAAAGGAUUAAAAAACAUACAAGAAACUGUACAUGAUCUGUACUUUAUUAAAUCAUAUGUUGUAAAUUGAGGAAAUAUUGUAUUGGUGAAGAAAAUAGAUCUAUUCAUAUGCACAUAUUUUUAUAGAGAUCUAUAAUGUUUUUGCACAUAUCAAUUUGAAAUUCAAGUUGAAAUGUCUUUUGUUGUCCUCUUGUGAAUGUACAUUUUUUAAUCAAAUAGCAGUGGGAACAAUUAUAGUCUAUUUAGACCUACUGAUACUGAGAUGAUUUUUAUUUUUCUAUUGGGAAGCGGGGUAUGACAUAUUGAAGUAGAUCUAGCGACAACCAAACAUCAAAUGAUCUGUAGCCUGAGUGCAAUACACUGUAAAUGUUUAUGUAAGUUUACCCUGUUAGGUUGCUCGCAUUUUAUACGUAACAUAGUAAUGAGCAUCUCACUAACACGACCUUAUACCAUAAUCAAAUUCAUCUCAAUGUCUUAAGUAAGAAUUCACUCACGCAUUCAUUAUGUAAUUUAAUAAUGACAUUUUGUGACCCUUAGCUGUGGCACAGAAAGUGUGCAUGUGAAGGACAAUAUAAAUCAUUAUAGAUAUAUGGCAAAUUUUGUCAUUUUCCUCAUUAUUUUCUAACAUUUGUCUUAUGGAAAAGCCAGAGUGUUUUCUGACAUGGUUUAUUUUAGUAUAAACGUGAUCUGAUUUACCUUUCAGCUUUGAUAUGGUUCUUCUAGAUUUGUGUUCAGUAAAGAGACCUUUAUAUGAAAGAAAUGCUGCAAGUGGGUGAUUCUACAGCUGUGGGCACUUUUACCCAUAAAUAUAGAGUUAUUUAAAAAGUCCUGGUCUGGAAUAGCUGAUACAGAGCCAGUAUAGUCCCUAGUUAUAUUUCACCUUCAGUAGGAGACAGGGUCAUGACAACUUCUAUAACUGCCAUGGGAUAUUAGUAUUAUUCAUGAGCCUUUUUGGUGCAGAACAAAAUAAAUUAGAGCUGGCAGGAUAGCGCUUUUUCUUUUCUGAUACCGAUACUGAAACUUUGAGCAUCAGCCAAUACAGAUACCCAUCCGAUAUUGUUUUUCAUUAAAAACUGCUACGCUUUAAAAUGUUUUUUUUUUUUUUUUAACUGAGGCAUUUUACAGUUAAACUCUUUCACAUGAAAACCACUUACACUGUAAAUAUAAUAAAGUGUAAACUAUAAAUAUAAUAAAAAUCAACCCUAGCAAAAAAAACAAAAACAAGCAACAACAACAAAAAAAAAAACAACAACAAUCAAGUCUUUUUAUAUGUAAACAUUUCCAGUUCGAAUUUUUUUUUUUCCAAAUCCAAUUCCAAUCCUUGCCAGAGAAUCCGCUAUCCAAUUCACCAUUGUUUGGGUAUCAGCCCAACAUUCAUGGGUAUUGCAUCGGUGCCAUCUCAAAUUAGCUUUAAAUACAAAAAGACUCAUUUAUAAAUAUAUAAUUGACAUAUUAGUAUAUAUAGUAAUGGAUUUGCAACCAUAGAUAAUGAAAUGUAAUAUUUCUUGAGCAGGUAAUGUGAUAUUUAUCCCAGAUUAAUAGAGCAGGUAUAGAAUCAGCUUCUUGAUUCUAUCAGAGUAUUUUCAUAUAGCUAUGAAAGCUGAAUUGUUCCUAUAUCGUCACUAUUAUUCUAAGAUAAUAAAAGCAGUUGGUGGUUGGUGUGUCGGGAACAAUGACAUAUGCCAAUAAUAAUAAUACAAAUACACUAUCUAGACUAUUUGAAAUAAUACAAAUACACUUGUUUUUGAUGAUUAAAUAUACCAUGUUAUUUGCUAUCUCAAAUGCUAAACAUUUAUUGUAAUUCAAAAUUGUAACAUACCAUGAAAAUACGUCUAUAAAAGUUUAUGUUUAACACAAAAUUGUAAUGACUUACAAACUCAGCCAUGCUCUCAACAAGGACAUUCCAAUAAAAGAUGCAGUAGCAUUUUGAUUUAUCAAAAAUCUCUUUACUGGCUGAAGAAUUUAUGCACAAAUUUAAGGGACUUGGAAGUGCCCAUUGUGACGGAAACACCCAUACAGGCUAUAUAUUUGAGGUAUUCAUUUAUCUUAUUCCGUUUAAUUAUGAAACAUUCAAUUCUGCUCAUUCUGACACUUAUUUAUAUCCAAUUUCAUGAACAUAUGAAUACAAAUAACGGAUUCUUUAAUAAUGAUACUUUUGACCACUGAUCAUUUGUCAGUUUUCUCAAUUUUUGAAUCCUGAAUUGAUUCAGAAAGUGAAACUAUUGCAUGUUAUUGGAAAAAUACAUGAAUGUUUUUGAGGUUUUUGAUAUUUGAGCUUUAAUUUGUAGAAUAACUACCUGCACUGGACUGCAAUGGGCCGUCUGGGUUUUCCUCUUUGUAGAUCAACUUAUUCAUUGUCUACUGCAAUAUUUUAUCUGUAUCUUUGUGAUCAUAGCUCAAGCAACUUAGAUGUAAGCAAAAAUCAUGGCUGGUAGAAUAUUUUAAUGGAAUUUAAUGGCAUAUUUAAAUACUGGACAGUUAAUGUUCAGUCAAUUUCCAUGGCUCUGAAAAUGGUAUCUUUUUUGUUUUUGUAAACCAGCACCAUGACUUUUGAAAAAAAUUAAGAAAAAAAAACAAGAUUUUUUAAAAGAAUGAAUGAACAAAUGGUAGAAUGAGUAAAGGAUUUGGUGUGUACAUGCUUAAAUUAUUUGAAUCACUUUGGUGAUAUGGAAACUACAGCUUUCACAAUCAAGCAACCUAGUAUCCUUAAAUAAUGAAUCUAAGCAUUCUCUUCAUUCUUUUGUGGAAGAAAGUUGUGUCUUUUCUUCUUUAUUUCUAAAAGCAAAUUGUUUGCAAUAAUUUUGUCUUGAGUUCUUUGAUAUGGCUCAGAUGUAAUGCAAGGGAGGUAUUUAAAUGGCUAUACAAUUUCUACACUGUAUUAUAACUUUUUAUUGUGCAAUGAUCUGAGCAGUACUCUCUGUCAUCUAAAGAUAAACAUUUUUAUCAAAAAAAUUACUGUGUCCUAU